GAGCGCCGGCACAGUUUUCAGGCGCUCUGUAGAUAGCCGCUCUGGAGGGCGACGUGGGCCGCGAAGGCCCCCGUUGCCGGCCAUCGAGGAAGCGCGGCGGGCGGCUAGUGGCGGUGUGUGAGUAGGGGGGGAUCCAUCAUGUCGAAGGUGUCUUUUAAAAUCACGCUGACUUCGGACCCGCGGCUACCGUACAAAGUUCUCAGUGUUCCUGAAAAUACCCCCUUCACAGCAGUGCUGAAGUUUGCAGCUGAAGAAUUUAAAGUUCCUGCAGCUACAAGUGCGAUUAUUACUAAUGAUGGAAUAGGAAUAAAUCCUGCACAGACUGCUGGAAAUGUUUUUCUGAAGCAUGGCUCAGAGCUGCGAAUCAUUCCCAGAGACCGAGUUGGAAGCUGCUAAUAUAUGCUUCUUGGCAUACACAGCCUUUCAGAAUAAAUACUGCUAUUUGUUGUUGCUGUACGAUUGAAAUCAGGCAUUCAAAUACAAUGACAGCUCCAAGAGUCAACGAAACAGAGGAAACUGACUCUUGUCCCUUCUUGCUCAUUUUUUUAUGGGAGGAGAGAAUGCCUGUGAGAGGAGGGUAGCACACCACAGGUCACACAGUGGUGACUGCUGCCUCACCAGAAGAAAAGGGUACAUCUGUGACAAAUGGACUAUUCUUUAAAAACAACAACAACAAAACUAGAGGAUGAGCCUGCUAAUUCUUUUCAGGAACAUUUGGAAAAUUAAAAUUCACAAAAUAGGGUGUAUUUUCCAAUUUUAAAAUUUAAAAGGGUCUGGAUCAUAGGGGCAUUUGAGUUGACAUCAUCUCACCUGCAGGCCCAUAGCUAGAGUUCUGAAUUAUAUAAUUUGUGAUGAAGCUAAUAGGUAUUUCAGUUAACAGUUAAAUUUUAUACAAAACCAAACAUUAAAUUAUGGUAUUUAACCAUUAUGUGUAUUAGUUGCUGUUGCACACCAAAUACCUUCUAUAGUAGUGAUCUUGUGAAAUCAAGUGUGCCAUGGUGGGAAUUGACAGUACUGCAGAAAUACCCUUGGCUAAAUUACACAUCCCUUAAUAAGUAUCUUAAAGGAGCUUUAUGACAGAAUUCCUUAAACCAUUCUUUUUGAGGAUUUUAUUUUUUUGAGUAACAUCCCAAACUAUUGUUGCACAGACUAUCUGAAGCUUAGAACAAAGCGUGCAGACGCACCACUUGGUGUUGAUGAGGGUCCUUAAUGAAGAGGGAGCUUUAAGGAAGCUGCUAACAUAAGGAACCAGGGAAGCAAAGAUAGCCAGGCUGUUGCCAGAAGAGAAAAGGAAGUGAGGCAGAACAGAAGCCUGGCGUGCCUCAGGAGAAGUCAAGGAUGAACUAUAAUAGGGUU